AGCGGGCGGGCGCGAGAGAAGGCGGCCGCCCCUGCGCCGGCGUGCUCGGCGCAAGCCCCGGCGGGGCACUGCCGCGCGCGAUCCUGUUGCGCCGCGGGUGGGUUUUGGGCGGUCCGCGACGGGCGAAGUUUUUGCGCCAGGCGGCGCCCGCGCGCCGAAUGAGUUCGAUCAAGGGGGCGAAGUGCCCGCGGGGCUCCCUGUUCUGCUGCUGUUGUCAUCUCGCCCGCCUUUGGAAGCGGCGCCGAACUCGGCAGCGCCUCCGCGCCGUGCGAGGCACGGGGCAAGCGGCCCGGGGCCUCGCGGGCGCGCUAACAAUGACCGCCGAACAGCCUGGCGGCGGGGCGUUCCGGC